GCACGCGUACCCCGUCCAGCUAACUCGGGAAACUGAGUUACGCAAGGAGAGAGGCGAUGCCUCUCCUCACUCCGCCGAAACCGGUUGCCUUGCUAGUAACCGACAUCUCUACCGGGGAGCAUGCGUUAGUCGCUGAUUCUCGUGCUACGUACGAGGAUUAUGCCGCCCAGCUGGUGCCACCAUUAGACCAGCCUAGCCACGUGCACUUAGAUAGCGUAUGUGCAGCCUGUACACCGUCGGCAAGUGAACCGGUCAGUUCGCCACUGAUUUUCGAGGACUUGACGGCGUGGUCAAGACUUGAGGAGCUUGACCCACUCACGAGAGAGGACUUCGCUUGGAUGCCUCUACCCUCAACCGGAACCUUGCCAAGGCCGCAUUGUAACGCCUUGAUGGCAAAUCUGCGCUCCUACUUGCACGCUGCAAUACCAGAUCCGUUGACGGACGACGGAGUAGCGGUUGUCGAUCUCCGCUCCUAUCUCGCGAAGAUUGACCGCGAGUAUGCCACCCAAAGGUACGCCGAAACCGACGCACCUUUGCUCUAUAUCUGCAUUCAUAUCGGAAAGGCAACUUGCAGUGCCUUGAUUGAUUGCGGAGCAUCUCGCAAUUUCAUUAGCCAAGCCUUUAUGGCCCGUGCAGGCCUUGGCCCGUGCGUUCGAAGGAAGACGCAACCUACGCAAGUGACACUCGCAGACGGCCGCACGCAAAAGUCAAUCGACCGAUGCAUUGAUGGCGUCCCGGUAUACUUUGCGCCCCUUGCGUGCGAGCCGGUGUCUUUCGACAUCCUCGACACCAAGUUUGACAUGAUUCUAGGCAUGUCUUGGUUGCGUAGCGCCGAUCAUCCGGUGAACUUUCAUGACCGAACCGUUCACGUCCGUGAUCGGAACGGAGUGUUAGUCCCAUGUACGGUCGCGACCCCUCACACUUCGAUUGCUUGUCACGUGGUUUCCGUUGCUAGGAUUCGCGACGCCAUAGCUCGGAAUGACGUCGAGGAGAUGGGCCUUGUUUUCUUACAUGCCCUCCCCUCGCCGGACGGACCAGCCGCGUCGUCGCCGGAUCCACGUAUUACUCACCUCUUAGACGAGUAUGGAGACGUUUUCGAGGCUCCCACCGGAACGGUUUCGGAUCGGCCCAUUCAUCACGGGAUUACUCUCGAGGCGGGUGCCGUACACCCGCGUGGAUGCAUUUACCGCAUGAGCGAAGAGGAACUCGAGGUGCACCGCGCACAACUUGAUGACCUUCUCGACAAGGGCUGGAUUCGCCCUAGUUGUUCGCCAUACGGUGCACCAGUUCUCUUCGUCCGGAAGAAAAACAAGGACCUACGGCUGUGCAUUGACUAUCGAAAACUUAACGCACAAACUGUUAAGAACGUCGGCCCCCUCCCUCGGAUUGAUGAUCUCCUCGAGCGGUUGGGCGGCGCGACGUACUUCUCGAAGUUGGACUUGAAGUCGGGUUACCACCAGAUUGAAAUCCAGCCUCAAGACCGGUACAAGACCGCUUUUAAAACGAGGUAUGGGCAUUUUGAGUGGGUCGUGAUGCCAUUUGGACUCACCAAUGCCCCGACAGCCUUUCAAGCAGCCAUGACAACGGAGUUCCGAGACUUGCUCGAUUGUUCCGUCCUCAUCUACCUCGACGAUAUCUUGGUCUAUAGUAGGACGCUUGACGAGCACCUCGUACACCUUCGUGUGGUGUUGGAUCGUUUGCGAGCAGCCAAGUACAAAGCAAACCGCGACAAGUGCGAAUUCGCCAAGCAAGAGCUUGAGUACUUGGGCCAUUAUGUGACGCCGAAAGGCAUUCGUCCCUUAGCGGACAAGAUUCAAGCCAUCGUGGAUUGGCCGGAACCCCGUUGCACGACGGACGUACGCUCUUUCAUGGGGUUGGCUGGAUACUAUCAACACUUCGUCGAGUCCUACUCCAAAUUGGCAGCUCCUUUGUCGAGACUUCAGUCCCCGAAGGUACCAUUCGAGUUCGACGACGCAGCUCGUGGCGUGUUCAAUACAUUGAAGGCGACGAUGCAAGACGCACCGGCCCUCCGUAUCUAUGAUCCCACCCUAUCCACCCAAGUGACUACGGAUGCUUCCGGGUACAGUAUUGGUGCGGUAUUGGAACAAUGCCACACGGAUGGUUGGCACCUGGUCGAGUACUUCUCUCAAAAAGUGCCUCCCAUCAACACUCUCGACGACGCUAGGAAGAAAGAGCUACUCGCAUGGAACACGGACAACAAUCUGUUGACCUUCUACAAAAUGCAGGACACGGUCACUAGCACGAUCGGUCGAUGGAUGUAUUACAUCGACCAGUUCGACUUUGAGUCGUGCCACACUCCCGGUCCCGCCAAUCGAGCAGCGGACGCCCUCUCACGGAGGCCCGACCUUUGUGCCCUCGUGACGACGACGUUCCAACUCGACGACGAUCUGCAACAGCAUUUCGUCAAAGGCUACAAGUCCGAUCCGACUUACUCUACGCUUUAUGCGGACCUGUUAUCGGAUCACCCGCCGACUGGUCAUUAUUGUAUUUCCGGCGGGUUCCUACUUCUCCACACGAGAGGAAAGGACUUGUUAGUGGUGCCCCAAGAUCGCAUUCAGGUGGGUCACACUACCGAAGUACGGCCUCGUCUUCUCGGCGAAUUCCACGACGCACGACUUUCAGCACACCUUGGCGUGAACCGCACAUUGGCUCGCCUCCGCCAACGUUUUCACAGGCUAGACGUGCUUCACAAUGUCACGAGGUACAUUGAGUCAUGUGCAGUUUGCCAUCGUAACAAAGGUCGAUCUACGGUCCCUUAUGGCGAACUGAAACCGAUGCCGAUUCCUCGGGCACCUCGCCUCUCCAUUGCUAUGGAUGUGACAGGCCUGUUCCCCCGCGAUCGCCUCGGUCAUGACGGCAUUCUCCCGGUCGUUGACCGUUUGAGCAAGUACGCUCGCUUUCUCCCAUGCAAGUAUCGUGCUGCAGCUCCCGAGCUCGCCCGACUCUUGCACACCGGCUGGAUUACAUGCCACGGUGUUCCGGAAGAUAUUGUGAGCGACAGAGACAUGCGCUUCAUGUCUGCCUCUUGGACUUCCCUCAUGAUGGAGUCCGGUUCGACUAUGAAGCUGAGUUCCGCACGGCACCCGCAGACGGAUGGAACAGUCGAAAAGAGCGCAUCAAACCGCUCAAAUGAUGUGGUGGAUGAAUUUGGAAAUCGAAUGCACUUGGUGGAGAUUGAUAUAGUUGAAGAUCCUGAAAUUGCGGAGGCAGCCGGAGUCAUGGGCACGCCGCUUGUACAGUUUUUCAAGAGCAAGGAAAAAGUGAGGUAAGGUCAUUCAUCGAGUUCUUAAUCCUUUCAGCUUGUCAGUUUGAAAUUUGAAAUU